UUAGUCUGACAGUAUCUUCGGAGGGUGUAACUGACUUCUCCCUCUGACUUCUACCAAGCAGACCAUGAACCAGCCUUUCUCAGUCCUGAACGAGCGGCUGAGGCCUUCUUCCAACACCGGCACUCAUCUCUACUCCUCCCUGAACAGAAUGGAGGACAGACAGAUGGGCUCGCUCAGCCGCAGAAACCUAUUUUACCGACCCACAGUCGUGCCAACAGAACCAAAAGCCUCCUUGACCCAAACAGAACCAAAAGCCUCCUUGACCCAAACAGAACCAAAAGCCUCCUUGACCCAAACAGAACCAAAAGCCUCCUUGACCCAAACAGAACCAGAAGACCCGGAGGAGGCUGAAAGCACCUCGGAGGAGGGAGAUCAGGUCUCUGAUGAAGGGACUUUUGCAGAUCUGUUGAAAAACUCCUUCCUUAUCAAUGAGUUAAACUUAUCAGAUUUUGGAGAAGAUGAACCGGGUGAUGAGGACAGAAGCGCCUCCUCUUCUGAGGAGGAAGACCAACCAGGGGAGCUGAACUCAGAGGGGGCCGGGGACUCAGAGUCAGUGUCCUUGGACGAUGAAGGCAGGAGACCUUUUCAGAGAAACUACAUAAAUGGAGCUUUGCCAGACCUGAUCAACAGUGGCAGGCCGCUCAGCAGGCGCCGGACACUGGGACACGUCUCAGACACGCUAAAAGAAGUGCGAAGAGAGGUGGAGCUGUCCCGGAGAAGAAGUAUCAAGCUGAAGGCGCAGGUGGACAAACUCCAGGAGAGCAGAGAGGGGCCGGGAUGGAGCCAGCACAGAGAGAAGGUCACAGAGGAGGUUCAGUCAAUCCUGAAGCUGCUGCGCCAGCUCACAGAGUCCGAGUCCAGCCCACCUGAACCCCCCCGUGGGACAAACCGUCUAGAUGCUUCUCUGGCCCAGCUGCAGACAGUGGCCUGCAAACUGGCAUUGAGCCACAACAAACAGUCCAAAUCUGGAAAUGGAAAAGGAUCAGAGGAAAGCGCUAUCCUGCAGCAGGCGUUACGGGACAGAGACGACGCCAUAGAGAAGAAAAAGGCGAUGGAGGCCGAGCUGCUGCGAAGUAAAACGGACUUGAUGUUGCUGAACAACCAGCUGCUGGAGGCCGUGCAGAAACGCCUGGAGCUGUCACUGGAGCUCGAGAACUGGAAGGAGGACGUCCAGCAGAUGCUCCACCAGCAGCUGCAGGCCCAGCAGCAGGCGGAGGCCCAGAAGAAGCCCUCCCGCCUGGGCAUCCUGAGGAGGAGCAACAAACCACCCAUCCAGCGGCCGAACAACUUCCCCAUGUCUACGCCCGUCCCUCCCACAACCAACUCCAAACAAAUCUUCGUCCCCAGAUCUGCUGUUUCCACGGCUCCCAGCACGCCGCCCCCCCCAACGCCACUGGAUGGACAAGCUGAGGAGGCCGAAGAGCAGCCGCCAUGAGCCGGACGCAGUGGAGCCGCAGCCCGAGGGCGACAAAGGCUUCCAGGUCGUUUCACUGGAUUAAAACAGGGAUGACUUUCUACUGUACUUUCAUUCUGAUGCUCAAAGCUCGUGAUUUCAAGUACAAAAUGUGUGGCUUAUCAUCACUGUUGUAUGAAAACAUGCUUUGGAUCAUUGAGUCAUGUAUGUUUAAAAUGUCAAUGUGAUCAUAAACGAGCCAUGUAAUUGAUAAUAUUGUAACACUUGAAUGCUUAACUCUUAAUUUCCUGAAUAUCCUUGUUAUUUUGUAAAUAAAUCUAUUUCUUAAGCAAAGGCUCCUCCAAACCUGCUGCCGAGUCAAACCGCAGUUUAUUUGCCACCUCAUCACUUUAAAUGCUGCACUGUCUGCACUUUAGCUAGUUGCAUUUUCAAGAUUAAAGGAAAAAAAGAAAAACA